UUAAGCCUCGGUCCUGAUCCGUUUCAGUUGGCUGUGUGUUAUUUUGUGUGCCGUGGACAUACGCGCGGUACGCUUCAUAGAUGUGACCUUGAAAAGAAGUGACAGUGCGUGUCUCUGACCUUGAUACGGGGUUCACCAAGUUCCCCGAUGGCAGCGCGAGUACCGCUACCAGCCGCGACGACAGCUGAUCGACCACCGGCCAAGUGGAAUUCCAGCGGAGGAUGUGCACCGACCGGAUUGCGUCACCGAGCAUAAUCAGAAGGCAAACAGAGGAAAGAAGAAUUGAAGAAUGAACAUCGAGUGGAGAAAAAUCGAAGAAACGGGAGCCAGUUUGGCUCAAAUGUGCCUAUACAUUGAGGAUGGACACCAGUGAAUCAAGAACAGAUGCGCCAACACGAGUUGUCAGACGUUCGCAGAGCAUGAAGAGGAGAAGAUUCGCCUGACUUCGUAGAUCCGUUCGGUGCUAGUUUAAAGAAUGGAGGAGUCCUCACCAAGGAUUCGUUCCUAUCUGGAAUGCUGGGACCAGAACGAAGACAAGUAUUCGGUGGCGAACAGCCAAGCACCGUUGCAGGCCGGCGAGGACGAACACCCGGAACGCGGUACAUGGACAGGGAAAUUCGACUUUCUGUUGUCCCUUCUGGGAUACAGCGUCGGCCUUGGCAAUGUUUGGCGGUUCCCAUAUCUCUGCUACUCGAACGGAGGUGGUGCUUUUCUAAUACCGUUCACGGUGAUGCUCAUUAUCGCUGGAUUGCCCCUCAUGUUCAUGGAGCUUUCCUUAGGGCAGUACGCGAGCCUUGGCCCAGUGGCAGCUUACGAACGCUUCUGCCCCCUCCUGCGCGGCUUGGGAUAUGGAAUGGUGUUGGUCAGCUCCGUGGUGAUGCUCUAUUACAACCUGAUCAUCGCCUGGACCCUUUAUUACAUCUUUGUCUCAGUGGCGGGAGCUGGUAAUCUGCCUUGGAGCAAGUGCGACCCGGAAUGGAGCACGGAAGAUUGCUUCAUGCCAGAAGCUGCCAAAGCGUGCAUGUCUCAAAACAUGAGCUAUUACAAAGGGAGGUGUUUAAAUUCCACACAGAUGGCCUCUAUGAGCCUGACUAUCGAAAACAUCACUAACGCCAUUAGAAGACCACCAGCUGAGGAAUACUUCAAUAAUCACGUAUUGGGGAUAAGUAGUGGUAUCGAGGAUACAAGCUCCAUUCGACGCGCGAUGGCAGUGAAUCUCCUGCUAGCGUGGAUUAUCGUCUUCCUCUGUCUGAGCAAAGGUGUUCAAAGUUCAGGAAAGGUUGUCUAUUUCACUGCUCUCUUCCCAUACGUCGUUUUGAUCGCUCUUUUCAUUCGGGGCAUUUUGCUUCCCGGCGCCAACGAGGGCAUUCUCUUUUAUCUGACGCCCGAUUGGAAAAGGCUAAUGUCCGCGAAAGUGUGGGGUGACGCCGCUGUGCAGAUCUUCUUCGCCCUGAGCCCUGCUUGGGGCGGUCUGAUAACGCUCAGCUCUUACAACAAAUUCACCAACAAUUGCUACAAGGACUCGUUGAUCGUCGCUGUCAGCAAUAUCGGCACGUCCUUCUUUGCUGGCUUCGUAAUUUUCUCUGUGAUCGGGUUCCUGGCCCACGAGCUCAAUGUCCCGGUUGCGUCUGUGGUCGAUCAGGGUGCAGGACUGGCGUUCAUAGUCUAUCCUGAGGUAGUAGCUCGUUUAUCAGUCGCACCGUUCUGGUCUCUACUCUUCUUCGCGAUGCUCCUCACAUUGGGCCUUGACUCUCAGUUUGCAUUGAUGGAAACCGUCACCACAGCGAUCCUCGACGCCUUUCCAGCAUUGAGAAAUUAUAAAUUAUGGGUUGUCCUAGCAGCAGCUGUGUUGGGUUAUGCCGGUGGAAUCAUUUUCACUACCAAUGCUGGUAUGUACUGGCUGCAGCUGAUGGACAAAUACGCAGCGAAUUGGUCGGUGCUGCUUAUCGCCAUAGGCGAGUGUAUCUUGGUCGCUUGGAUCUAUGGUGCGGAUCGAUUCCUCGACGACGUGCAGUUAAUGAUCGGUCCACGCAGCCGUCUGUGGAGGUUUUUCUGGACCUGGAUGUGGAAAGUGAUUACACCAGCAACACUUUUCUUCAUUCUGUUCUUUAAUUGGGUCGAGUAUGAACCUCUUAAAUACGGUGCCUACAUUUAUCCAAAAUGGGCAGACGUCAUUGGAUGGGUCGUUGGUAUGAUGCCUGUUUUGGUCAUCGUUGGCUUGGCCCUCCAUCAGUUGAGGGACAGACGUCGCCGUUCAACGUACGAUGAUGAUGACGAUGACGACGACGAUCUGGACAGCAGGCCAUCGUACCAGAGACCUGGCAAAGGAAAAACGAAGAGGAUGAAGAGCGUAUGGUGUCGUGCCAAGAUGCUUUUGCAGCCAACUUCUGAUUGGGGUCCCGCGGCCAGAACUCCGUCGAGAACGCUCACCCACACUCCGUCGCCAGGUCCAUCGGGAGGGUACAACUCCGUAAGAGACACCAUAGUCCUGGUGAACGGUCAACCAAUGAUGGUGCAACCCUCGAGCACGUCUGGAACAGCUCAGAAACUUCCUGGACCGUCGAUCCUCAAGAAUUGUAGUAAAACCGACUUUAUCACAUCCCAACAAGUCUGACACGAUGUUCAUUUUAUCGCUAAAGACGAAUCUGCCCAGAGGUCUAUUGCCAAAGAUACAACGCGCUAAUAACAGGUAGGGGAAAGUAGGGUAAAACCAGGUGCCUAAUAUAUUUCUCCUGCUAGCAAACUAAAUGACAGGAAAGACUUUGGACACCGCCAGAAAUCUUAAUUAAACCUUACAUAAUGAGAAAAUGACAAUCUUCUGUUAAAAAUAUUAUUUGGUUCGAAGGGAAAUAAGAUUUUUGGAAGAUGCUGAAUCAGUCAGUUUUACUCUGAAAGUAAAGGUAAAACCGGGUA